AAAAUCCAGUGCAGGGAAGACAGGUUGAAAAUAUACAGUGUGAAACAUGAAAAAAACAUCAAGAGAAAAAGAACAAAAUCUGUUAAAAAAAAAGGCAAACCUACAAAAAUAAAUAAUUAAGAUUAGAAUUUCCAUCUCUGUGGGUUGCAGAAAUGUACGAUUAUUCAAUAGUUUUUUUGGUGAUUGACUUGAUUUGCCCCAAAAAACAAUAUUUAAAUUUAUUGCUUUAUUGCUUUAAUGUACAGUGAAAAUGUUUUUGCAUCAUUGAGCCAAGCACUGAAACUUUAUGUGAAUGUAAUUGUAUUUGUUGUGUGAAUUAAAUUAAGUAUGUAAAGGAAAUAUAAUGCACAGUUUGUUCUGGAAAAUAAACUUUAUCCAACAGAUUUUUUUUUUCUUCUUUUUUUUGGUUGAAAACAGGUGGUGUUUGUUUAGGUGAAUCCACUGUUAUUGUCUUUUUAUGGAGGUUAAUGACGGUGCGUUUGAAGGCAGCAGAGCGUGUACGACACAUCUAUACAAUCCAGUCAAAUUCAACCACUGCAGACGGUAAAACAGAGGGGUUUAUUUAUCACACCCAGGUGUAGAGAGGGUUCUACCUCCACUGAGUCACACCUUUACAUGGGUGGUGGGUGAAUGGGGGGGGUGCUCUUCUGCCUAUAAAGCACCGUGGCUUCUACUUUUCAGUCAUUGAACUUGUAUAAAACCUCAGGACCAAACCGACGCCACGAUGCUGACUUUUAUCCAGCUGAACGUUGUGCUUUUGUGGACGAGCGUUGGCUCAGCUGAUGCAGAGAAACUGUUCCAUAAACGGGAUCAUUCGGACGUGCAGAGUGGUAGUUCUCACCAAGCGGAGCUCAUAACGGACAAAUUCACAGCAGAGUUGUUUCUCUCCAGAUAUGGUUUCAUGAAGCCGGUGAACUGGGAGGAAAUCCAGUUCCACGAUGCAGAUGACGCAGACUCUCCUUUUACUGAUGACUACUUGGAUGAUGUAGACGUUCGGAUCCAGGAAGGAGCAUCGUCGCAAAAUCCAAGAGUUACAGCUCAAGACGUCGGUCCAACUCCAGCCCAAGCCCAGGAGUUCACCUCAGCCCUGGAAGAGUUCCAGAGAGUAUCAGGUCUGCCUGUCACCGGCGUGUUUGACGAAGCCACCAAGACGGCCAUGAACAAACCCAGGUGUGGAGUUCCAGACAAGGAGGUGGAGCUGUCGAACAGUGACGACUCUACCGCUGUGGACACCUUUAAUGAAACUGUCAGGACCAACAUAGGAGGUGGCAACUCCUCUGAAGGCGACAUAUUCAACUUUAAUACCACCGACGCUUCCAAUGAUACCAACACAAACGACACAGACGACUUUAAAGGGUUUGGUGAUGUCAUAAACGGCACACAUGACGCCAACACUGACUCUAAAAUGGAAAAUAUGAGCGUGAACGUGCAUCAAAACGAACCGAACCGACGAAGGAAACGUCACCUCGCAGGUCUGGUGUCCAAAAACAGACAGAAGAGAGAAGUGAGUGAAACAGGUCACAUGGCUUUUUCUAAGACGCUGCUGAGGUGGAGGCUGAUGGGUGAAGGCUACAGCAGUCAGCUGACCGUGGACGAGCAGAGGUACAUCUUCAGACUGGCCUUCAGGAUGUGGAGCGAAGUGUCACCGCUGGACUUUGUGGAGGACACGAGUUCACCGCUGGAAGAUAUUGACAUUAGACUUGGCUUUGGCACAGGAAGACACCUGGGAUGUAAUCAGAGGUUUGACGGAACCGGCCGUGAAUUCGCCCACGCCUGGUUUCUGGGUGACAUACACUUUGAUGACGACGAACAUUUUACGGCUCCAAACACUGGCAGUGGGAUCAGUCUGCUCAAAGUGGCGGUUCAUGAGAUCGGACACGUGUUGGGUUUACCUCACAUCUACAGACCUGGAUCUAUAAUGCAGCCCAGCUACCUGCCCCAUGAGGCCGGCUUUGAGAUGGACUGGAUGGACAGGAAGGCCAUCCAGCACCUGUACGGAGGCUGUAAAGGCAGGUUCAACACAGUGUUUGACUGGAUCAGGAAGGAGAGGACGGCCUACGGGGAGGUGGUGAUCCGCUUCAACACCUACUUCAUGAGAGACGACUGGUACUGGCUGUACGAGAACCGAAACAACAGGACGCGCUAUGGAGAUCCGGUGGCCCUGCAGGUCGGAUGGAGAGGGAUUCCCACGGGUGGAGUGGACGCAUAUGUGCACGUGUGGUCCAGAAAAAGAGAUGACGUCUACUUCUUCAAAGGUACUCAGUUCUGGAAGUACAACCAGGACCAGGACCAGGCCUUCACACAGGACCAGGAGGGGUGGCGCUACCCGAGGCGGAUCUCGGAGGGUUUCCCGGGGGUUCCCAGUCCCAUCGACACAGCCUUUUACGACCGAAGGGAGUCCCGCAUCUACUUCUUCAAGAACAGCCUAGUGUACGGCUUCGACGUGGGCGCCAACAGCUUGGCAAGAGGCUUCCCCAAACGCAUCAGAGACGUGUUCCCUCCAGUGGUGAGUGGAGACCAUCCAGAUGGCAACGUUGACGCUGCCUACUUCUCCUACACCCACAACGCCGUCUUUCUACUCAAGGGCACGGGUUUCUGGCAGGUGGUGGGGAGUCGCGAUCGUUGGCGGCGGCCGUUUCUGCCGCGCAAUGGCCUCCUGCCACGAAAGGAGGUGGACACGCAGUGGUUUGACAUCUGCAACGUUCAUCCAGCUGCACUCAGAAUGAACGAGCACAGUCCAGUGCAUUCAUGA